AUGCCCAAGGCCAACCACAAGGCCGCGCUCGCGGAGCUUGCCGCUCUGCGCCGGUCCGGCAAGAAGGCUUUUGACACGUACCAAGUCCAAGAUACCGACGCACUCUACGACGAAGUUGAUGAAGCCGGCUACAAGAAGAUCGUCCGUGAGAGGCUGAACGAAGACGACUUCGUUGUGGACGACAAUGGCGAGGGUUAUGCCGACGAUGGCCGUGAGGAGUGGGAUCGCGUACACCAGUACGACUCGGACAGCGAGUCGGACCAGCUGCCGACUCGUGGAAGACCGAGCAAAGCCUCCAAAAAGAGCCGCGAUGACGACCUGGCCAAGCGCGAUGCCAACGAUCGGAACAUCAGCGAGUACUUCACCAAGGGAGCCGGCAAGACACAGCCCAAGCCCAAGGUCGCCAAGACCAAGGCUGACACCGACUUCCUCGCGGGCCUGCUCGACGAGGUCGACGCCAACAUACCUCCGCCCGAGCCUAGGCAAACGAAACUCGAGAGGUCGGGAGACCGUCGCAAGUCUCGCGCUUUGUCGCCUGUUAUUGAGCCUGUCAUCAAGAGGCAAAAGCGUGUCGACACCCGGCUGCCGUCCCCUCCGCCGCCCAACUUGGACAGCGAUGACGGCUUCAUGCCACCCAUGGACGACGAGCCCAUAAGUACACAAAACGUUCCCAUGAGUGACCCUGCGCCGUCAUCGCCCGCGGCUAAAGUAGCUGAGCGAAAGGCCCAGCUCAAGCAGGAGCAGCAGGAUGACGAAGACGAGGAUAUGAUGGAGGUGGCUCAUGCCGGUGCUGUCAAGUCGGCCAGCGUUAACAUGGCAGGAGCUCGUCCAGUCAAGAGGUUGCUGAAGCCAGAGCCUUAUCCAUCCCCAGCAAGCUCCUCGCCACUCAAGGCUGCCACUGAUGCCGUUGAUUCAUCCUCCUGGAAUGAUCUCACGGAAAAGCUCAACGUUGUCAGCAGCUCGCCAACCGAAACUAGGGGAAUCGGUAAAAUCGACCACAACGAUGCCAUUGAAGCAGAUGGAAGCCUCAAUUUUUUCUGGAUGGACUACACUGAGAUCAACGGGAGUCUUUGUUUAUUUGGCAAAGUUCUGAACAAGAAGACAAAGUCCUAUGUCAGCUGCUUCGUCAAGAUUGACAACAUCCUGCGAAAGCUAUACUUUUUGCCCCGGCAACGCCGUCUGGAAGGCGGUGAAGAGAUCGGUGAAGAGGUCGGCAUGGGCGACGUCUAUGAGGAGGUCGAUGCCCUCAUGACUAAGAUGAAGGUCAACAUGCACAAGAUCAAGCAAUGUACUCGCAAGUACGCCUUCGAAAUGCCUGGCAUACCGAAGGAGACGCAGUACAUGAAGCUGCUCUAUGGAUACACAAAGCCUGAGGUGCAAUCAAAUCUGUCUGGCGAGACCUUCUCGCACGUAUUUGGUACCAACACAGCCCUCUUCGAACAGUUUGUUCUCUGGAAGAAUAUCAUGGGCCCCUGCUGGCUCAAGAUCCAAGACGCCGACUUCGGUGCCAUCAAGAAUGCUUCCCACUGCAAACUUGAGGUUCUCGCAGAGCACCCGAACAUGGUCUCUACGAUCAGCGACUCCGAUAAUCUGGAUGCUCCGCCCCUGACUCUGAUGAGCAUCGCUCUUCGGACAGCUUUCAAUGCCAAGGAGAACAAGCAAGAGAUCCUUGCCAUCAGUGCACGAAUCUACGACAAAGUUCUCCUCAGCGACACCACACCAGCAGAGAAGAUGCCAUGCAGGACUUUCACGGCCAUCAGACCUCAUGGUCAGGGAUUUCCACUUGGUUUUGAGCAACUGGCGCAAAAAAGGAACAGGGGCUUGAUCAAGUUGCAGAAGACCGAGUCCGACAUUCUGAGCUUCUUCCUCGCCCAGGUCGAUGUUGCCGACCCUGACGUAAUCCUCGGCCACCAGCUGGAGGGCGUUGACUACAGUGUCCUCCUGAACCGCCUGCAUGAGAGGAAAAUAAAUCAGUGGUCGAGACUCGGGCGACUCAGACGGACACAGUGGCCAGCUUCCAUCACAAAGGUGGGCGGAAACGUCUUUGCAGAACGUCAAAUCAUGGCCGGUCGGUUGCUUUGCGAUCUCGCCAACGAUGCUGGCCGAUCAGCCAUGUUCAAGUGCCAGACGUGGAGUCUAACAGAGAUGUGUAGUCUCUACUUGGCCGGAGACAAUAGGCGACGAGACAUCGACAAUGAAGUCGCUUUGAAGUCGUGGGCCAAGGAGAAACAAGGCCUGAUGGACUACAUUACCCACAUGGAAGCAGACACCCAUUACAUAGCUGCUCUGGCCCUCGGCGUCCAGCUUCUGCCCCUGACCAAGGUUCUUACGAAUCUGGCAGGCAACUCAUGGGCCCGUACCCUCACCGGCACCAGGGCUGAGCGAAAUGAGUUCAUUCUGCUUCACGAAUUCCACCGCAACAAAUACAUUUGUCCGGACAAGCAGACAUUCCGCGGCCGGCAAAAGGCCGAGGAAGAAAAUCGCGACGAGGACGGCGGUGAGGGCAAGAAAAAGGACAAGUACAAGGGUGGCCUUGUCUUCGAGCCCGAAAAGGGUCUGUACGACAAGUUUGUGCUCGUCAUGGACUUCAACUCGCUGUACCCGUCCAUCAUCCAGGAGUUCAACAUUUGUUUUACUACAGUGGACCGCACUGCUUCGGCUGGUGAUGAAGAUGACGUUCCCGAGGUGCCUGUGAACCAGGAACAGGGCAUCCUGCCGAGGCUCAUCGCAACCUUGGUUGGUCGUCGUCGCCAAGUCAAGUCGCUCAUGAAGGACAAAAAUGCCACGCCGGAGCAACUCGCGACCUGGGACAUCAAGCAAUUGGCCCUCAAGCUCACUGCCAACUCGAUGUACGGCUGCUUGGGUUACACCAAGUCCCGUUUCUAUGCCAGACCUCUGGCUGUCCUCACAACGUACAAGGGACGUGAGAUUCUUCGCAGCACCAAAGAGCUUGCUGAAAGCAAGUCACUUCAAGUCAUUUACGGUGACACCGACUCUGUCAUGAUCAACGCCAAUGUCGACAGCGUCGCCGACGCGUUCAAGGUCGGCAACGAGUUCAAAAAGGCGGUCAACGACCAGUACAAGCUGCUCGAGAUCGACAUCGACAAUGUCUUCCGCCGUAUCCUGCUUCAAGCGAAGAAGAAGUAUGCCGCUAUCAACCUGGUUGAGAAGGACGGCAAAUACAUCGAAAAGAUGGAGGUCAAGGGACUGGAUAUGCGGCGUCGCGAGUACUGCGCUCUAUCCAAAGAAAUCUCCAAGCACCUCCUAGACGAGAUUCUGUCAGGAGACGAGGCUGAAGUGGCCGUAGCCCGCAUCCACGAGUACUUGCGCGACAUUGCUAGCAAGAUGCGUGAGCAGGCCAUUCCAACGCCCAAGUAUAUUAUAUAUACGCAGCUUGGCAAGGCUCCCCAGGAUUAUCCCAACGCCGACUCGAUGCCGCAGGUGCAAGUCGCUCUCCGCGACAUCGCUCGCGGCAAGACGGUUCGCAAGGGUGACGUCGUCUCGUACAUCAUCACGGGAGACUCUCAGAGCUCUGAGCCGGCCCCAAAGCGGGCGUAUUCACCAGCUGAUCUCAAGUCCGAUUCAACACUACAGCCUGACGUGGAGUGGUACCUGGGCAAGCAGAUCUUUCCUCCUGUCGAACGUCUAUGCGCCAACAUUGUUGGCACGUCUACAUCCCAGCUCGCCGAGCAGCUUGGCUUGGACAUCCGUCGAUAUAGCUCUCAUCAGACGCACAACGGCGGUGCCAGCAACGACAUGGAGAUUCAUCCUCUCGAGUCGCAGAUCCCCGAUGAAGUGCGGUUCGGCGACUGCUCGAGACUGGCUCUGCGGUGCCGGAAGUGCAAAGCCAGCUCAACCUUCGAGGGCCUCGUCACAUCUCCUGAGCGCGUGUCCGCUUCGGGUGUUGUCUGCGCGGCCUGCGGUUCUGUCAUUCCUGCACUGUCCAUCGUCGCGCAGGUCGAACAUGCGAUCCGCACCCAAACCUCCCGCUACUACGAGGGUUGGCUCGUCUGCGACGAAGCCCAGUGCGGCAACCGUACCCGCCAAAUGAGCGUCUACGGCAACCGCUGCCUCGGUCCCAAGGGCCUCGCUCGGGACUGCCUUGGGCGCAUGCGGUACGAAUACACGGAGAAGGCCAUCUACAACCAGCUCGUCUACUUUGCCAGCCUCUGGGACGUCGACAAGGCGCGCGCCAGGGCCGACGAUGCCAACAACGACCUGUCCAUGCAAGAUCGCGAAAACAUCCGCGCACUGGCCGAGCACAACCGCAAACGGUUUGGAACCGUCAAGAGCGUAGUGGACAAGUACUUGGACAAGUGCGGGCGACAGUGGGUGGCCAUGGACACGCUCUUCGCGAAGCUGGGCUUCAAUCAGUUGCUUGCGGCCGGUGCUUCAUGA